AUGAAACCUAUUGCUUACAAAAUUGAGCCUACUGGUCAAGAACAGCAAACUGGCAUUAAUAUUGCAAAACGCAUAGAAAAUGUAAUUCUUGAAAUAGGUGUUGAUAAAGUUACAAGCAUUGUUACUGAUAACGCAUCAAACAUGAGAGCUGCAUGGGAUAUUAUUGAAAAAAAAUAUCCAAAAAUAUUUUGUAAUGGUUGUGCUGCCCAUACAAUAAAUCUUUUAGUAAAAGAUAUUUGCCUUCUUCCUGAGUUUGUGGAUAAUUUACAAAAGUCUGGAAAACUGACAGCCUUUGUUAAACAAAGAACAUCACUUAUCGAUCAAUUUCGUAUAAUUCAAAAUCGUGUUAAACAAGAAAAUAAUUUGAAGAAAAUGCGAGCAUUAUCACAUGUAGUUUUAACACGGUGGUAUAGCCAUCAUACAUCUGUUGCCCGUAAUCUUGAAAACAAACUAGUUCAUUUGAAUUUAAUUAACUCUGGUGCCUUCUCACGUGUAUCUAUAUCAAAAAAAAAAUCAGAUUAUGUAAACAUUGUACAAGACAAUUUUUUUUGGGAAGAAUGUCAACGUUUUAUUAAUGUUAUGAAACCAUUAUCAAAAUUAGUAGGUAAACUGGAAUCCGAUAGUUGUCUACUUUCUGAAGUUUAUAUAGGGUUUGUUAACUUAAUGGAAAUAUGGAAGGAAGACGCAGUAUUAAAAACUCUUGUUUUAAGCAGAUGGGAAUUUAUUCACACGCCAUCUAUGGGAUUUGCAUACUUUCUUGAUCCACGAAAUCAUGGUGGCAGAAAUAUGUAUACUGAGUCUCCUCCAUCUAGCAAAAGUGAUCUUGUUAUAGUACUUGAGUUGCUUCCAAAGUACAUAGUUGAAACAAGAGGACUUUGCAAUUAUGAAAUUUCAAAAAAAGAAAUAAAAUCAUUUCAGAGGCUAUGUGCAAAUCCGACUCCAGAUUUUGCAACUCAGAUUAAAUUAAUGGAUCCUGAUAUCUGGUGGGGAGUUGAGGGUGCAAGUAAAUUUCCAAAUUUAGCAAAGGUUGCACAAAUAGUCUUUACUAUUCCAACUUCUCAAGCUGCAAGUGAGCGAAUAUGGAGUUUGUAUGAUUUUAUUCAUUCAAAGCGAAGAAACCGACUUGCAAAAGAUAAAGCAAUUGGAUUGGUUCUUAUGUAUGCAAAUGCAACACUCCACGAAAAAGAAGCAAAUAUUGCUGAUAUAAUGCUUGGCAAUACUAGUGAUCACGAUGAGAGUGAUGAAAGUGAUGAGGAUGGUGUUAAUGUUGAUUUCACUUUAGAGACUUCAGUUGAUAAAAGUGAUUUAUUGUCACAGUUGGCUAAUUAA